AUGUGGACAUUAAUAGGAGGCGUCUUGGCUCUUGCCGCCUUCACGCAAGCAUGCACUCCCAGCAUCACGACGGUGAGCGGUACCCACGCUCCUGUCACUGUAUGCUCAGGAGCUAUGAUCUUCGCGGACGACUUCGAAGAGUUCGAUCUGGAGAAAUGGCAACACGAAAAUACGCUUGCAGGUGGCGGCAACUGGGAAUUCCAAUACUACAACAACAAUCGUACUAACUCAUUCACUCACAGUGGACUUCUAUUCAUUCGUCCUUCCCUAACAUCAGAUCAAUUUGGACAAUCUUUUCUUACUAGUGGUCGCCUUAAUGUUGAAGGAGGUGCUCCAGCAGACAGAUGCACAAACCCUCAAUGGUAUGGCUGUGAACGUAGCGGCACACCAACGAACAUUUUGAACCCGAUCAAAAGCGCACGCAUUCGCACAGUCAACUCUUUCAGUUUUCGUUAUGGGCGUGUAGAAGUCAGAGCCAAAAUGCCUGCCGGCGAUUGGCUUUGGCCUGCUAUUUGGUUGAUGCCUGCUCACAAUUCUUACGGCACAUGGCCUGCGUCAGGCGAGAUUGACUUAGUGGAGUCCCGGGGCAACCGUAAUAUGUUCCAAAAUGGUGUACACAUUGGAACGCAGGAGGCCGGCUCCACAUUGCAUUUUGGACCUUACCCUGGCCUAAAUGGUUGGGAACGAGCGCACUGGGUGCGAAGGAACAGCGCCGGUUACGACAAAUCUUUCCAUCGUUAUCAACUGGAAUGGACUCCUGAUUUCUUGAGGUUCAGCAUUGACGACGUGGAGCUGGGUCGAGUAACCCCUGGUAACGGUGGUUUCUGGGAGCUGGGCGGUUUCAACAAUAACAAUGUAGAAAAUCCAUGGCGCUAUGGGUCAAAGAUGGCUCCGUUCGAUCAGAAGUUCUACAUCAUAAUCAACUUGGCCGUUGGCGGCACCAAUGGAUUCUUUCCUGAUGGUGUUUCAAAUCCUAAUCCUAAGCCAUGGUGGAAUGGUUCACCGACGGCAGCUACUGACUUUUGGAAUGGACAAGCAGGGUGGUUGCCGACUUGGAAUUUAAAUGUUAAUGAUGGUCAAGAUGCUUCCUUGAAAGUUGACUAUGUACGAGUUUGGGCUUUG